GCGCUAUCCCUGGCUCUAUCCAUUGCGGCAGUCAUUUCUAGGAUCAUGGCGCUACCAGCAAUUCUCCUUAAGUUGAUCUUCUUCUGCACGCUCUGCCGUGUUGUGCGCGCCCUGCCCAUCAGCUUGUUACCUGACGAACAAACUGACCCCCUUGUAUAUCCUCUAUCUGUCUUGCCUCUGUUGGCGCUUGCAGUGUGCAAAUUCUUCUAUGUGCGACUCCGUACGGUACAAUCCAUCGGUGCUGCCGAUCGAGUUGUUCAAGCAGGCGCUUCCUCAACGCCUAUCCACUUCCGGCUUUGGAACAAGUACAAGAUCGAAAUAAAACUUGCUCAGACCGGUUAUAUCAUAGGAUUCCUUGGAUCGCCGCAAUGGGAAACAAGAUCAAGACGAAAGGCUGAUCGUUCUGGCCGGACUUCUCGCCCUGCAAGCUCUGCCACAUCGAAGCCUCCUUCCUCUGUUUUGUACUCCUGGAUUCUACGCGAUAGUUCGCGCAGCAGUGGAACCGGCACUCCUCGUCAUAGUGCAGGUGGCCGGCGUUCCCAAUCGCGAUCGAGGUCAGCUUCCGUCCGCAAUGUCUCGAUACAAUCUCCGGUGCCACAUUUCGACAUUGCUAGUUGUGCAAGUGUCCACCCGUCAUCUCCUGCCUGCACCAGUGAAAUACCACCUUCGUCUAGCCCUGUUGCACAGAUACCUCCGCGCAACAUCACCGGACCUGCGGAAUAUCCGUCACCCACACUUAUGCAGAUGAUGAAACCUGUCCUGGCCUCUUGGUAUGAUGAUACAAGUGGGACGGAAACGUUCACCGAUCACGAAAAAUCCACAUCCACUAGUAAUGGGUCCACUGCAACCGGUGAAAAAUCCCGGGACCGUUCCCAAUCACCGACUCCUCCUUUCGAGACUCCCCCGAUGACACCUCAGCCUACGUCUCCAGCAAGCACGACCAUCUCCUUGGAUAUACCUCGUCGUAAGGAGAUGCCGUCCAUCGCUUCGUCUCUUUUGACGAUUGACAGUAUCGAACGACUCACUGUGUCGGUCUACGAAGGUCCAGCACUCGCGAGACCUACUCCUAUUCAUAUCGCCAAACCUCAUCAUGGCUCCAUUGGCUCGACAAUUGUGGAACGGUCGAUCGGUCGAGUGAAUGAAAUGUCUGCAAUCGAGAAGCUCUUGCAUUCUCCUACCCAUCGUUCGCCUCCAACACCACCAAACAUCUAUAGUUUGGUAUCCACUAGUAUUAGUACGCCCCAUACUCCCAGCACACGUCCACUAAACGUAGCUCCUGAACACAUGCCAUCGCCAACUCCUACGUCCCCUCCGUUAAAAAACAUCACGCCUCUCGAGAUCAUCAAGGGAAAGCGGCGCGCAUCGCGGACUGCUGUAUCGCAGAGGCGCAAGAGCGGAAGUCCCCUCGUAGGACCCUCGCCCCUCCGCAAUUCUGUGGUCGUUGAGUCAUCGUCUGCAUCCACUGGCAGUGGUUGGGAACUCGAAGACCUAGUGAAAGAUGGCGAAUUGGACAUAGACGCCGUCACUGCUGUCCUAGGACUUGGAUUGUCUGUUGGUUCUGGCCAUAGCAAUACCUCGGACUUCAGUUCUCAGCACGAGCAUGUGGAGGUGUCCGACGUGUCAAUCCAGUCUGAUUACUGGACAGCUGUCGAGUGGGAUCUCGGCUCCACGUCUGGUUCCACGACGGUACAAUUGAGAGUCCCUGGAGAGCAGCUUACAUCUAUUCCAGAGGAGAACGAAGAUGUUGUCUCGAUUGCUAGCCACGUCCGCGACUCGGUUGGGUCGAUUCCUGAUGCAGACGUGCUAUCAGCCAGCACGGAUCUACAGCCUGCGAUCGGUUCCUCGGGUUCGGCGCAGCAGAUGAUGCUUCAAAUGCAUGAGCGUACCGUUGAUCUCUGGGACGACGAGCAAAGCUGGAGAGACAGCUUCUCUGCUCGAGAGAACAUACAAAUGGGUUUCGCUUGUUGA